AUGGCAGAGCAGGCGGCGGCUCUGCACGCCGUGCUGGCGCCUUUUGCAGCCGCUCACGCGGGGCAGCCUGCCCUUGCGGCGGCCGUGCUGGGGCAGCUGCAGGCUGUGGCUGGCCCGGCCGCGGGGGCAGGUCCCUCGCCAGCUGCAGGCCCGCCCGCAGGGGCCAGACAGCAGGCACCGCCGGCUGCAGGGGGGGAGGCGGUGCCGCCUUCUACGCAGCCUUCGGCGUCAGGCCCCACCCGCCCGGAAGCGCCAGUUUCCCUCUCCGCUUCACCGCGGACGCCGCCGAAUCCUUCGCCGUUUCCAGGGCCGCGUCCUGCCUCGCUGACGAAGGACGGCACCACUGCUCCUGUGUCUGCAAGUGAGCCCUUUUCCUCAAUGCCUGCAGCUGCUGUGUCAUCUCCCGCCAGGCAGGGACCGCCUUCGUCGCUUCAACGCUGCGCCGCCGAUGCUGGUAGACAGCAGCCUCCCCUCCCAAGGCGUAGUUUUGCUUCGGAAAGCAGGCACUGCAGUGACCCCAUGGCUUCUCCCCGGAGCAAACUGUGGAUGCUUCCUCCGUGCUCGGUGACAGCGAGACUUAAGAAUCGUUGCAGUCUUUGGGAAGCAGUUAAACUGCGGGCAUUGCAGCAGGGCGAUUGGGAUUUGCUGGAGCGGGUGGGGAUGCCAAAGGCUGCAGAUGAGACACUCCUGCCUCGAGCGAAGGUCUUUGUACAGGACUUGACCAGGAACAAGUGGGAAGGCCCACGUGAACUUAUCAUUUGGGGUCGCAGGUACGCUUGCGUCUCAAUGGAUACUGGGGUACCCUGGCUACCUGCAAGGUGUGUCUGCCCUGACCUGUGCCAUCAGAGACAGAAUGUAGCUGAUGCACAGCCUUCGAAUGCUGACCAACAUGCCAAUCACCAGCCAGACAGUCCCUCUACAGGGCGACUUGUGGACACUGCUGAGGGCCUAGGCAAAUUUCAGCCAGGCCUUUUCUCAGGUUCUGAGCUUCUUUCCCAGGCCAUGAGACUUUCUCAGCUCCGGCCAGGAUUCCUUCUCAGGAUGAUAGCUUUCUUACAGAUAGAAAGGAAUUAAUAAACAUAGAUUAGCACCUGUUGUUGACUGUGGGACAGUGCGUGAUGUACGUGACACGGGAUGUUUUCUCCUGCUGCCCAAUGAAUGGCUAUCCUGACCUAGAUUCAUGAACCGUCCUAUAAAUAUAGGUUGGGUUUUCAAUAAAGUGCUUCUUUCGCCCAA